AUGCUGAAAGGCUCUGCGGUCCCGGACGAGGAUGAGGCAGAUCGUGAUAUCGUGGUCAUUCGCUACGCGAAGGGCAAGCCGGAGUGCACGCUCGAACUUCAGGUGCUCUCGCGCCUGGCCUUGGUGCCGGACGCCGGUGACCACGUCCCCAGGGUCUGGGGCGCCUGUGAGCAAGGCCGCGACCUGAUUGUGGUCCAGGAGCGCGCCGUCUUCGGGUCCCUCAAGGCCGUGGUCACAGCGGGUCUGGCCGCGGAGCAGGGCCUCCAUGCUGCAGCGCAGGCAGAGUCGAAGUUCCAACUUACAAAUCUGCUUCCCAAUUGCUUCGCCGUAUUCCUUCGUUCACACGGAACGCCGAACGCUGAGAUUGCACGUGGAAUGGACUGCUUGCAGCGGGCCCGUGUUGCCACGGCCUUAGAGGAGCAUGGGAACGUGAGUGCUGCAGUUGUACUUUUCAUAGCUUGUUUGUGGCGAGCGCUGCGCGUCGCCUGCCAGCGGCCCGGCCGCAUAAUAGACAGCCGGUGCAGCUUUGUCUACGGAGAGUUUAGGUGGAGUCGAGAGUUUGCGGAGCCCCAGUGA